AUGGAUUCGAAUGACAUUAUCGUAGCCUCGUCUCAGACGGCUUCUCAACGGAAACCCAGUCGAAAACAAUCGGAGCCUCUUCAGCUUCAUUGUCUUGGUUGUUGUACUACACAAACGUCUACAACUAAACUCAGAAGUAUUCUGGCUUCGGAUGGUCAAGCCUUCUUUCGUUUAUCGACUGAAUAUCAAAGUGAUGUCGACAGACUAGAUAAGCAUGAACUAGCCUCUGUCAGUCCUGUCAGAGAACAUCAAGAAGUCGGGUUUCAGUUCGAAAGAUCGUACAAACGUCUGAAUCGACAACCAUUCAGCGUGCAGUCCAACGAUUCAGCCUUUGCUGAUGAUUUAACUACAAGCUCCAAGAAUUCAUCGACGGAAAACAUUUUUGAAGAAAACAUGACCAGCAUGAGCAUGUUGAUUAUCAACGAGUCUACUCAAUAUACGAGUUCAGAUUGUGGCCAGUCUAGUCCAAGUUCGAAUGCUUCCAGUACUGAGAUAAGAGGCAAAGCACGGUCAGCGUCUAUUGAUUCUGGAUAUCUGGAGUCAUCGUUGUCUUCUCAGCACCAUCUAGAAGACGAUAGGCUGGAAGUUGUUGAUGAGAACGACUCGGAAACCAGAAGUCUGAGCUGUUCAGAAUCUCUGUUGUCUGCUACCGACAAAGAACUAGUGAAUCGCUUGGCCAAACUGUUUAAGGCCGAGAGUUUCAUUCAAGAGCCGAACCUCCGAAAUGCCCAGAAAUUGCUCGAAAAUGUAAUAUUAUCUUAGGUUACUUAUAUUAACUUCCUUUUUUGGUUAGCUAAACGGUUAUAAAACGAAAAUUGUUCUAAAAAGUUUAAUAUAAGGAUUAUAAACACAAUAUUAUUAUUCUGUUCAAAGUUGAAGCUUAAUUAUAAGUUUUUAGGUCAAAAAGUUUGUGCGACACAAUGACUGGCCUGUAACACAUGAGAUACGAUCUGACCUAUGGCGAGUACUGUGCAAUUACAAGGAUUUCGAGACCAACAAGGCUUUGUAUGAACAACAGCUGAACGAGUUGAUGAAAAGUGGAGGUAUAGUUUUGAGUUAUGAAUUUCACAAAUUUUGAACAAAGAUCUGUUUGGAAAUGUCAUUCGUACACAAUAUGUUGUUAUUAUUGUUUGUACGAUAUGACAUUUAACUAAAAUUUUAAAUUAUAUGCAUGCAGACAUCCUUAGAAAUUGACUGUACUGAUAAGAGAAUAGUAAAAACUUGAACUACAGUACGUUAGGUAUACCUAUAAGUACAUGAACGUGACAAAACUUUUAACAAGAUCUGAAACAUUUAAAUCAAUAUUAUACAACAAUAGGAAAGUAGAUAAUGUUUUUUAGUGAAGACAAUUCAGCCCAGCUUUCUGUCGAUGGAUGGUAUUGUGGUAGAUGAUCAUAGCCUCAAGCAACUUGGGUCUGUAGCUUUACAAAGGGUAUUAAUCGUGGUCGAGUGCAUUCGACCUGAACUCAGAUAUGUUCCUGUAAGUUUUAAAUUUUUUUUACUUAUGGUUUGAGUUGGUAUUUUAAACCAGGCUUAAAGAAGGUUCAAAUGAAGGUUUACUAUGUGCGAUUUUCGACAUCUUUUCUGGGUUUUUAGUAAUAUGAAGCAUAUCUUACGAUUACUGUUGUACUUACGGUAAAUGCUGAUUAGCAUUAGAUUUCUUACUUUUUGAUCUCUAAUUUCUAUUCUGAAAGAUAUGUUGCAAAGUUGAUUCAAGAUUUUUUUUAACGUUAAGUAUGUUUUUGCAAGAUAUUUUGCAUAUGAUUAACAUGUUUACCUUCGAGAAUGACACAAUGACGUUUCAUUGUUUGAAAUUUCGAGAAUCCAUUAACUUCUGAAUAAUUUAAAUGAGUGGUGGGAGGAGUACUGUGAUCUAGAUUAUGAUUGAUCACAUUAGCCUACAAGAAGUAUUUGCGUUAUUUUUGAAUUCGGAUCAGUUUUUAUUUACUUUUUCGAUUAUUUCUCGAUUUCGAUCGGAUGAGGGGCUAACGAAUUGUAGUUUUUAGAAGGUUUACAGUAUAAAAAACGUGGUUUUAGAUUAUCUUACAGUAUAUUAUAGUUGGAAUUUUUUAUAAAUGCAAGUUGAAACAUCGCAUUUUUGUUUUUUUUUGUGUUUUAUUGCAAUUUUUAAUCAAUAUAUUGUUUCAUGGCAGGAUUAUUCUGUAAAACUAGUUCUAAAAUAUUAAUUUCUGUAUUUUUAUAGUAAUCUCUUUCAAAUCCUAUUUUUCAAAUUGGACGUUUUUUAUUUAAAAAUGUUUUUUAAUUCGUACAAUCUUGACCUUUUAGUUUAAACUUAUGAACUACAAAAACAAAUUAGGUGUAAAAAGUAAAUAGAUAAAAGGUACACUCAGAGAUUAAGGAAAGUUAUCUGUAGUGUAAACAAAAGUGAUUAAGCCUAUCAGUGGUUUCAACGAAACUCUUUUUAUAAGCCUCGAACAGACCUAGCGACGAACUUUGCACAGUUUUUUUGCAUAAAUUAAGUUUAAGCGGCUUUAGGGUACAAUUGGUUAGGAAGAGGUGAUUCUUUUGAUUAGGAAAAGAUGGUACUUUGUUUUCUUCUUUGACGUGAAGAGUCGUUUUGUGAUAGCAGUAGACUAGAAUAACAAGAGUAAUGGUUAUAGUGGUCAUUCUGGUCAAAAAAUACAGGAAAACUUUUAUACAAAACUGUGUGGCCGAUUAUUUUAUACAACACAAACUUACAGCACAUUGGUUUUUGUUUGCUACAAGAAAAACUGUAACACUUUAUUGUUGAUAAAACCAAAAAGUUGCUAAGAUGACUUGUAAGGAGUGGUCUUUCGUCGAAACAUGAAUAACAAUGACUAAUGAUUUAUGCAAUUGCACCUCAAUUGCUCUUGUUUUUGUUGCUCUGACCUUAAUCAGGUGUUUAAGGCUUAUGAAACAAUCUUUGGUAGGGAUUAACUUUGAGUUUUGAGGCAUAAUUUCCUACAAGCCUAAAAUAAAGCCUCUAGGGCAUAAAACUCAAAGUUUCGUUUAUCAAUAUAUAUAACUUAAAAUAUUAUUGAAUGAUUUGAUAAAGUAAACUAUAUUUUACCAAGACUUAAGGCAGCAUAACGUCAUCCGAAAACUUUUUUGUGUUUUUUACACCCACUCCCACCUUGAGACUGAUGAUAACUUUAUUGUUGUAUCAAGGUUGUUAUCACUCCCGGAAGCGAUAUCAACAUAUAUGCCUAGAAUCUGAUUCUCAUUUAUUGUCAUUUUUAAUUUUGUAUUUACUGUGCGGUCAAAAAGUCUUUAGAAAGCCAGCAAGGCUUUAUGUGUAGACUUAGUUUGAGAAUGACAGACUCCUUCUGAUAGUGACAGGCUUUUUAUCAUUAUAUAAUGUUUUUUACAGCUGAUUUUUAAAAAUUUAUUCAAUUUGUUUUUAACUUGUGGAAGCCUAGCUUAAAGCUUAAUAUAAGGUCUAAAAAUUUAAUUGAUGUAAUUUUAGAUUCUGUACCCGUUGUGUGCCAUUCUACUGCAUUACAUGUCGGCGGAAGAAACCUUCUCUACCGUAAUCAGAUUCCUAGGGACUGGAAACAACUUUCUGAUCCAGUCAGAUGUCUCCCUUUUCGCUUCUCAACACACUUUGUUGGCUUUACUGAAGAAACACAGGGUAAUAUUAAUGUAUCUUAACUCACUUUUGUAUUUUUGUCUAUUUAAGUUUAAAACUAUUUUAUUUGAUUUUUAUGGCAUUUUUAAUGGUACUCUGAACAAAAAUUUUUAAUAUUUUUUUAAAUUCUGAAUCCUUCAGAAAUCAGCGUACACAUUCCUAAAACGACGAUGUGGUACAAACGAGGACUUCAAGCUGGCCGAAGUGUUCCAGCCCUGGUCGGCGUGGAUCUUCAAACACCUGCCAUUUGACUACCUGGUCAGAGUCGUCGACUGUUUUCUGGUUGAAGGUAAGCACAUAUCAAGGUCAUGCCAAACAAAUUGAUACAAAACUGUGAGAGAGGAAGUCAUCCAUGUAAACCAUGGAUAAGGUGGAGUUUCCAAGUUUAUGGAAGCUAAAAGAGAAAGAUGGUUUACAUAGAUAUAGAGCAUAGAAAGAGGUGGUUAAAAUGGCAGUAUAGAAAGGAUGUUAGACAUAAAAGCAUAGAAAAGGUAGUCUUGUGUGACUACAGAGUAAAUUUUGAAGUUACGAAAACAAACGUGAUUUGAAGAGACGCCAAAGACCCAAAUCCAGAAUCCAGUAGCAAUUGUAGCGUGAAAUUAAAAACAAAGUGUGGUUGCAGGGCAUAAAAUGUUACUUCGUGUCGCUAUCUCGUUGGUAUAUCUCUGGUAUAAACAACGUGUCCGAUCAGCGGCUACAGCCUCGGGCGGCCAAACUCCAGAAGAGCGGAUUCAGGAGAUCGCGGAACAAAUCUCGGUGUUGGCACAGAAUUGUCCCGUCAGUGCGCAAACCUUGCUGGACAUGGGGUUUGCCAUCAGAAACUUUAAACAUUCGACUUUCGAGCACUUGCAGAAGCACUAUGAGGACAAGGUGAGCAUCUGAAGGCUGGUUUUGUAAAGUUAUUUAUUUUGAAACAAGAGUUUAAAAUUUUUUCGCAAAUUUUGUUGAAGUUUAUUCAAAUAGAAAAUUCACUUUUCGAACGAAAUGUAAGUCCAAAAAAUCGAUGCCACGGCGAAUUGCCACAAUUUCUUUUGAAUUAUUUUUUCUUUUUUUCCAAUUUCUUCGCUUUUCAAAAGUUCAAACGGUCGAUUUUGGUGAAACAUGCCGUUGAUCAACAUGGACACGGUAAAUACCAAGUUAUUUAACGCCAAACAGAAAUUCACUCACGUCUACAAUCUGACGACUAACUAUUAUGACUUGCAGUACCGCGAGGAAGUCCAUCGCCGGCGUCUCGAGAAGCCCUCAACCACCAGGAUCUCGGCCUUGAGAAACCCGUACACAGCACCCUUCAAGAGUAAUAUUAUCGAUGCCGACUCAGCUCAAGAUCUCAUGGCCGCUUUCCCUAGCCGGUAUCAGUUGGAGACGCCUGUGCUUUUGUUCAGAUUAUCAGAACAUGGAGCUUCUUUCACGCAGUUGUGGGCACAGUAAGUCGCGUUUUAUAAUUCUAUGUAAAAUUUUAAAUUUGAUAUCUGAAUAAAAUAAGUUUUUUAUUCGUAAUUUAACUAUUCUUUAAAUUCAGAAUCGACGAAGCUGAGCAAUCUCUUCUGGUCAUUCGUGCCACAACUGGAGAAAUCUUCGGAGCCUAUUGUUCAGCGUGCUGGGUAGAACGACGCGAUGUGAGGGAGCGUGCUAGAACACGAUACUUUGGAACUGGAGAAUCUUUUGUAUUCAAACAGCCCAAGGACCAACUCUUCCCCACCAUCUACCCUUGGGUCGGUCGAAACCAUGAACAACCCGACCAAUGCCCUCAAAUGUUUAUGACUGCUGGUGACAAGUUCUUAAUCGUAAGUUCUUUGCAAGGUUUUAGGCAUUGAAAGUCGUUGAAAAUAUUGAAAAAAAGCUAAUGUAAGAAAAGUUUGGUUUCGUCCAAAAAAUAUGUCACAUCUUCAUUCUUCAAUAGGUUUAAUCAACAUAAAUUAAAACUUACGUUUUCAGAUUGGCUCCGGAGGUGGUGAUGCGAUUGCGAUCAGAGACGAGCUUACCCAAGGCCUCAGUUACCCUUGCGAAACCUUCGGAAGUGCAGCCCUCGUCAACGAUACCUCCUUCGAGAUCGACGAACUCGAAGUGUUCAACGUGGUCAGUGCUGGAGCCAUCUAA